CCGUGGCGGACAGUUACGCUUUGGGGCUUGCCUCGCAGACUCGCGCAGUGAGACCUGUGAACCUGUUUCGCGAGUCUAUUGAUCAGGUGCGCGCAAACGAACACAUUUUUUUUUCUGAGCGGUGUGAGAGUGAGACAGCGAAUGGUAACAGUACCUGCUUCUCCAACACUUUACCGUCGCAACAGCAUAACGUAUGUUUUUUGAGUCAUUAUCCGAUUCUCGCGAAACACCCUUUUUUGCAUCACCGCUGAGAGCGUUGUAAUUGUCUCGCUCGGCUUGUGGUGCGUCAUCCUCUUGGGUCACUCUUCGCCUUCUUCACGUGGUCAAGCCCGUGGGCAGCGCUAGCGAACCCUUGUGGUAUGGGAACGAAGGCGACAGAACUGGUCCGCGGCGUUUUGUUUGCCAUCGCCGCUGCUUCGUCCUUCCAGCUGGACGUGACGGUAGCAUCAGCCGCUCCGCGCUGUGAGAACACCAGCCGUCCCAUGCAGCCCAUCUACACGUGCGUCGGCUUCACCUCAGUGCAGCACUUUGCCGAGCACGUCGAGCGCUCUCUGCUCACCGAGAAUCAGCUUUCCUUCGUUCUUGCCGACUGCGAGCUCCCAGAGCUUCCGGCCAACGCCCUCGCUGACAUUCCCGUCCACAUACUGGAACUUAGCAACGUCACGGUCAAGUCCUUCGGAUCAUCUGCUGACGAUGCAGCCGACGGCAGCAAAGGCCUCUUUGUGGGAGACGUCGAAGAAACGCUGGAAAAACUCGUCUUCCGCGACCGCAGUAGCCUUCCCGCGUCUUGGUCGUCGCUCAAGAACUUGAAGAGGCUGAAGGUACUGAGGUUCUUCAACAUGGCCGCGCUGCAGUUGACGGCAGAUUACAACGCACUCGCCGGCAGUUUGACAGUCGUGGAAGUCGUUCAGUCUAGCAUAGCACGCAUCGACGAAGACUGGCUCGCGCGAGUUAUCGGCCUAGAGUCACUAGUGAUUCGAGACUGCAGCAUCAAGCAAUUCCAGCGGUCUAUGUUACCCAGACCAGCACUACACCUCUGGAACUUGGACCUAGUCGGGAACAACUUGACGUCACUGCCCGACGACUUUGGCGAGGACUACCCGGCCCUGAAGUUCUUGGAUUUGGGCAGCAACUCUCUGACGACUGUGAGCAGGGCCAGCCUGGCGCCACUUCUGGACGCGCCCAUCGAAGCCGUCGAGCUCGGCGGCAAUCCCCUGGUGUGCGACUGUUCGGUGGAGCACCUGCGUACAUUCCCGGCCGAGUUGCUGAGCGCGGAUUGCCAGGCACCCGAGGCACUCAGGCGGAGGAACGUACAUGAUCUGAGCGACGAAGACCUCCAAUGCGCCGCUUGAAACUCGUGUGCGCUUGUCGUGAGCGUCAGCCUUGUCUUUGCACUAUUAGCGAGCCGUUCGUGUACGUGGCAGCCACGGACCAAGUUGCAAAUGCCAUGUACUAUGCUCUACAGCUGCACGAAACGAACUACUUUUUUCGGCGCCACAAAUCAAGGUCCCGAGCAACUUGCAUGAGUCACGAAAGUCACCGCGCUAAAGGUAUCACUCCCCAGUGCAAUGGCGCAUCUAAAAAACACUUUACGAAGUUGAGUGAAUUAAGACGCUCUGCAAGGAUAAAUGUUUGCGAGCUUGUCUCCUUUUUCUGGCGCUGUGCGUGCACGCGCUUUAUGUCUGUGUGCAUGUCCGCAGCCUCUGCACGAAAUACAGGUCGAAGUUCUUGGUCGUCCUGUUCGCCUCGUUUCUGUCGUGUGGGUUCAUGUUUUGCACUAACGAUUACCUCCUCAAUUGUACAACAAUCAGCCAAGCGAGAGUUGUCAUUAGAGAGGGGUACAGUGAAAUAUGACUUGAUCGAACACCGCUUUAUCUUCUUGGCUGAAUUAGUAAAUAAAUUAUCACAGAUAUAUUAGGCGCGAAGAAACGCGCGCAAGGAUACACAAUACAAGCGCUCGUCAUAGCUGUUUUACUUUUAUGCUUGUCUGUUAAAUGGCGUCUAACGUCAACGUAAAUAUAAUUCACAAAAUAUUCGAGCAAGAAAUUCUUCUGAAUAAAUGUUGCUCCUGCUGG